AUUCGAAACCGACCCCACGGACACGAGAAGAGAGCGUGGAUUUUGCAUUUCACCUCUGCUUGUUUCGUGAUUCUCGGACGACCCAUUUCGGAAUCGCGGUUGAAUUUCAGAAAGCCACCAGUUCCUCAGGUGACUGUUUCAUAUUUUAACUAAGAGAUGUACAUCUGAAAGGUUCAUCAAAAGCAUGACUUCUGUAGAAAUCUUCUGAUGAAAUGAGUAAUGGCAUGGAACUCAAUAUGCACAUCAUUCGAUCCGAAAACCCUGCAUUGCUGCCAGGACUUCCAGACGACGUCGCACUUUGUUGCUUGGCAAGAGUUCCCCGGUGGUUCCAUCCGAUCCUCAACUGUGUGUCCAGGAGAUGGCGGAAGUUGUUAUGUGGUGAGGAAUUGCAUCAGUACCGGCUUAAGCAUCACCUAGAAGAGACUUGGGUUUAUGCUUUAUGUAGGGACAAGAAUGAGCAGCUUUGUAUGUAUAUGUUGGAUCCUAACCAACUGAAGAGGGGUUGGAAGCGAAUUGAUGGCCUCCCGGUUCGCUUCUUCAAGAGAAAUGGCGUUGGAUUUGAAGUAUUGGGUAAGAAAAUUUACCUAUUUGGAGGCUGUGGUUGGAUUGAGCCAGCAACUGAUGAGGUGUACUGUUAUGAUGGUUCGGCUAACAUGUGGUCUAGAGGGAGUUCCCUAUCCACAGCUAGGUCCUUUUUUGCUUAUGAAGCUUUGGAUGAGAAAAUAUAUGCCAUUGGCGGGAUCGGGUCAGAAUCUAGUAAUCCACAAUCUUGGGAUAUUUACGACAGCCACACCGAUCAUUGGAGCUCACAUGUGGAUCCUAAUGUCAUCCCAGAGAUUGAGGAUUCUGUAGUCUUGGAUGGAAAGAUUUACAUUCGGUGUGCCAUCUCACCUGUAUCCUCACAUGUGUGCGCCCUUGUAUAUGACCCAUCGAACAGUACCUGGCAGCAUGCCAAUGCUGACAUGGCCAGCGGAUGGCGUGGCCCAGCAGUUGUAAUAGACGGGAUCUUGUACGUGUUGGAGCAAACCUCAGGGUUGAAACUAACUAUGUGGCAAGCAGAAGCCAGGGAAUGGAUAGCAUUAAGGCGACUUUCAAUGCAUCUCGUGACCCCACCCUGUCGACUUGUUGCAAUUGGGAAAAAGAUCUUGGUUGUUGGUAAGGGACUCGGAACAGUGAUGGUUGACAUCGAAAAUGCAAGCUGUGUUGAAGGCGUUCUGUUAAGUUCUUCCAUUUUGAAAUUGAAUUGUGAUUAUGAAGUGAUAAGCUGUAAAUCUCUUUCUGUUUGAUUGUCUUCCUGGGAUUCUUCGCUUACUCGAUGCAUUAAAUAUCAAGUAUAAGGAGGAAUUGUUCAGAGACCAUUUGAAAUUACUAAUGAUGAUUUGCACUAGCUACAAUGAUAGAAAAGAUGUGUAUCAUUUUUUCAUUUUGAUAUAUAUAUGUUUGAAUUUAGUGCU